AUGGCGUCCCUGCUGGCGCUCCUCGCGCUGACCGCAGGUUCCGCCGCUUAUCAACAAUACCUUUAUCCUUCGACGCUAAGCAAUAUCGAGAACGUGGUGGUGCUGGUGGAAGAGAAUCUCUCCUUUGAUCAUUUCGCCGGUGGCCUCGAAUACAACAGCACUAUUGAUGGCUUGAUCAACAAGGAAUACUGCAAUCCGGCAAAGGUCUCCCGACCGAUCUCCGGUCGCGUCUGCGCUCGGAACACCGCCGAGAAUAUCGCGUCGGAGGAUCCAAAUCACAGUCUCACCGGCAUUAAUAUGCAGAUUUUCGGCAGCUACCACCCAGCCGCCAAAUCGUCUCCUAAUAUGAAGGGUUUCAUCACCGAGCAAAUGGCCUCGUACCAACACGAUGAUGUUGUCAGGGCUGCGGAAGUAAUCGACUAUUUUACUCCCGACCAUAUCCCGGUGUUCAAUGAGAUCGCCCAGAACUAUGUGCUCUUCGAUAGAUGGUUCGCAGCAGUGCCCGGCCCAACAAACCCCAACCGCGCCUACCUCACGUCGGGCACUUCCUACGGACAUGGCAGUAAUGAUGGCGAUUUCCUCCAAUCCAAGCUACCACAAAGAUCGAUCUUUGAGCAGCUUUCAGAGAAGGGAAUUAGCUGGGCCAACUAUGAAAACUCUACAAAGUCCAGCCCACCUUUCUUGCCAGAUGCUAUGUUCUACGAGUGGACGGAACAAUCCGGGGCUAGCAAAACCAACAUCCUUCCGAUCGAGCAAUUCUAUGAGGAUGCCCGAGAGGGAAAGCUACCGAAGUUCACUUGGAUAAACCCGGAGUGCUGCAACUAUAUGUCAUUCCACCCACCAUCGCCCACUUCUAUGAGCGAGAAUUUUGUAAAGAGCAUAUAUGAGGCGGUUCGCAAUUCGCCUCAAUGGAACCAUACGCUAUUCAUUUUGACGUUCGACGAGCACGGUGGUUUUGCUGACCAUGUUGAACCGCCGUCCGACGUUCCCGCUGGGGACAGUCUUACUUAUACUGAAAGGGCGCGCGACGGGCAAGAUUACACUUUCCAUUUCGACCGCCUGGGGGUUCGUGUCCCCACGGUCUUGAUCUCGCCAUGGGUCGGGAAGGGGCUCGUUGAACAUGCACCUGCCGAUGAAGAGAAUGAGUAUACUCACACCUCCAUUCUGAGGUUUCUGAACGAAUUGUGGGGACUGGAAAGUCAGUCACCACGUGUAGAUUGGUCGCCGUCCUUCACGCAUUUGAUCACCAAUGAGUUCCGCGACGACACCCCAACCGAGCUGCCAGAUGCAGUAAAGUUCUUGGCGGCGCACGGUGGAUAG